CACCCAAGCCCGCAGCGCUCCCCCGGGCCUCGAACCAGCGGCCUCGGGGUGGGGCUUUGCCGUGCGCAUGCGCGCCGCGGCCGGAUGGGAGCGCCGCCGGUCACAUGCUCGGCGCGGUGGGGGCCGGGGCCGGGCCGGGAGAUGCUGCAGCUGCUAGAGAAGCUCCCGCCGGGACGGGUGUCUGAGUUCCUUCAUAAAGUAAUUGAUGGCCUCUGUGGCCGUGCCUACCCUCGGUACCAGCAUUAUGGCAGCGUUUGGAGCCUGUCGGAGUGGAUGGAGGUUUUAGAAGAAGCAAGGACAUACUUCAAAACUGCAGUGGGCAAAAACAUAUCUGAUGAAGAGGCUGCUCAGCAGAUAAAUGAGCUAAGUUCAGACUGCCAAGAAGCAAUCACAAAAUGUCUAAAAGGCAGAAAGGAAGAAAUCAGGAAUGCCCUAGUGGAAAGAGUGAAUGCAAUCUCAUCUGCCCAGCUGCAGGACUUUGACUGGCAGUUAAAGCUUGCUCUCUCCAGUGAUAAGAUCUCCAUGCUGCAAAUGCCACUUCUCAAUCUUGAUUUGGAUGUGAGAGAAAACGGUGAAAUUAAACCUAUUUCCAUCGAGAUGAAUAAAGAAGAGCUGCAGAACCUCAUCAACGCACUGGAAGCCGCUAAUAAGGUUGUUUUGCAGCUGAAGUGAUGGAAUUCAUGUCCUUGAUGGCAACUGCUGGUGAUGGCUGCCCAACUGACUUGAGCAGAAAACAACCCCCAGGAAAUGUUCUCUGCAAAGCCAAAACGUUGUGGGUGCUCUGAAAUACUGAAGUCAGAAGGCUGUUUAUGACUUGUGACCAAAUAAACUUAAUCCUGUGAUUAAAAUACUAAAAUCUUACAUCUGUUUGAGCAGAAGAAUAAAAAUCCCUUGGAUAGUUGCUUUUGGUACUAAAGAUUUAUGGAACCAUGGAAAAAGUGUCACUGAAGAUGUGGUGCCAGGCUUGUUUUGCUUCAGCUUUGAUAGUGACUGCACAGGGAAAACCUGUGGCACAUAUCCUGCACCAUCUGCUACCCUUUUCUAAGGUGCCAUGGUAAUGAAGAACAUGACAGAGUCCUUGGAGCAUUGAUGUAUUUAUACCUGUAAAUAAACACUUGGGUUUGUGAAUAA